GAGCCCGCAACUUGUUGGGCUUGGUCCCCUACGGGCUCUAAAAUUCAAAUAAAUAAAUAUUCAAUUCAACGCAACGCAACAAGAGAAGAUUUUUCUUCCUCGGGUCAAAGGCAAGUUGUUUGUUUGAAAAGUAGCCCCUCUUCUCCAGCUAAACUAGCUAGCGCGGCAUCCAGCAGGACAGUCACAGUCAGUCUCCCAUGGCGGCAAGCUUCUGAUCCUCACUUAGACACUUACCACCGAAGCACCACUCUAUAAAACCCCCCCCAAGCAACCAAACCUUCUUCUCAAUUCACACACCUCAGUUCUCCCUCCAUUCACUGCAACAAUGUCCUCUCUUCGGAAUUCCAUCGUUCUCCUCUUUUUCAUCCUUUCCACCCUCACCAUCUCCACCACCGCCCAAUCCAAGCCCAGAUCCCUAAUCCUCCCUCUCACCAAAGACCGCGCCACCAACCAAAUCCUCACCCGCCUCGACCUCGGCACUCCCCAAGUCUCCCGGAAGUUCAUCGUCGACGUCGCCGGCCGACAGCUCUGGCUCGAUUGCUACAGCGGCUUCUCCAAUUCCUCCUCCACCUACCGCCUCGCCCGCUGCGGCUCCGCCGCCUGCUCCGUCUCCAAAGCCGACUGCAAGUCCCCCUGCUUCCUCCCCCCGCAGCCGGGUUGCUUCAACAACUCCUGCACCGUCCUGACCCGUAACCCGAUCCGGACGACAGGUGGCAGGUCCGAAGUCGCCCUCGAUACGGUGUCGCUUCACUCCACCUCCACGAGCGGCGCACGUGGCGGGCCCCGCAUUUCAAUCCCCAAUUUCAUCUUCGCCUGCGAAACCGUCUUCGGCCUCGAUAACCUAGCCGCCGGGGUAGAAGGCGCACUCGGCCUCUCCAGUGAGCGAAUUGGCCUCCCGUCGCAGAUCUCGACCGCCUUCGGCGGCUCCCUCCGCCGCGAAUUCGCACUCUGCCUGCCGUCGGAUUCGAAUUUCGACGGCGUCCUGUUCUUCGGCGCCGCCCCUUACGUCAUCGCGAACAGAGUCGAUUACUCGACGAGAUUCAAGUACACGAGGCUGGUGAAGAAUUACGAGCGCACCGCUUCCCCCAACGUCCCCGGAGCCGAGAUCCCGGCCUACUUCGUCAGAAUCACCUCGAUCCUCGUGUCGGAAUCUCCGAUUCCGAUCAAUUCGUCUCUGCUGGAGUUCCGUCGGACCGGGAUCGGCGGCUCGGCGAUCAGCACGGUCGAUCCGUACACGAUUCUCGACAGCUCGAUCUACAGAUCGCUAGUGAGGGCUUUCGAGAGCAGUGAAACGAUGAAGAAGGUAAAGAAGGCGGCAGCGGUGGCGCCGUUUGUAAACUGUUACGAGAAGAAGGAUCUGUCGAUUGGGAGGAUGGGAUUGGAGGUGCCGAAGAUCUCGCUGGUGUUUGAGAGCAGGGAGGUGAAGUGGGAUUUGUUUGGCGAGAAUUCCAUGGUGGACGUAAACGACGACGUUACGUGCUUGGGGUUUGUGGACGGUGGUUCCGAUACGACGUCGUCUAUUGUCGUUGGGGCGCAUCAGAUACAGGAUAAUUUGGUGCACUUCGACCUGCAUUCAUCGAGGAUGGGGUUCACUAAUUCGUUGUUGUUGGAAGGGGUUCGAUGCUCGUUGUUUCACGUUUGAUCGGUUUGGCUGGGUUGGUUGGCUUUUUAUUUCUGAAUAAUUGGUUGUUUGUAACUACAUACACUAGUAGCGUUUUGCUUUGCUUUUGAUUUGCACAGCUGGUGCUAGAGAGGAGGGAGAGCCUUAACCCUUUGGUUUAGUCCCAGUUAAGGAGGUCUAAGUUGUAUUAAGAAUAAUAAGUAAUCUAUGUGUGUUUAUAUUAUUAUUCGAAGUAAUAUAUCCAGAUAUUUCAUUUGAAAAACAGUGAUUUAAUUUCAUCACAAAAAAAAAAUAGUUAUUUAAAAUGGCGGGAAAGCCUCGUUGCAGACUAACUAUUAUUGCAUGAAACCUCCAACUCAAGAUUUAACAUCAUUGCAUGCCACCAUUUUUAUUAGGCCCCUAAUUAUCUACUACGUGCGAUUUAACUGGGCCUACUUGAUAAAAGCCCAUUAUUGGGUGGACCCACCUCAAUCGUGGCCUGCUCUCCACUUUGCCACCAUUUGGCUCCAUGUGUUCUUAGUAAGGUUGGAAACGAUGGGGUCCAUACCAGAACAUACAAUAGACAUGAUCUGUGGUUCAGACUGGGAGGUUGGAAUACAAAUUAUUAUCCAGAUCAUAUACUAUAUGGUCCAGACCAAAUUACGUCUGUGCGGUGCUAUACGGUUUGGACUAGGUAAAUUAUGUUAAAAAAAAUUCACUCUUAUUCAGCCUUCCAACCCUUCACCAAUAUCUAUAAAGAUAAAAAUUGCAG